ACUUCAUCUACCUUUGCAGGCUGUUGUUGUAGCUUUGCAAGUCAAUUGAAGGACAACUUUGUAUUAUUCCGCCAUCAUUAUCCCAUUCAGCAGUAGGUUCAUUGCAUAAGAGGGGAAUCGUUAUUGGGAAACAAAACGAACAGUUACUAAGAUGGGGAGUGAUUUGAAGGCAUGGGUCUCUGACAAGUUAAUGUCACUACUGGGAUAUUCACAGCCUACGCUUGUUCAAUAUGUUAUUGGGCUAUCCAAGUCGGCAGCUUCGCCUUCUGAUUUUGUCAGUAAGCUUGUGGAUAUUGGAUUGUCCUCAACAAGUCAAACCCAUGCCUUUGCCAAAGAGAUUUUUGCCAAAGUUCCAAGGAAGGCCUCUGGUUUAAGUUCUUACCAGAAGCAAGAACGCGAGUCUGCAAUGUUGGCCAGGAAACAACAGACUUACACAAUUCUUGAGGAUGAUGGGGACGAGGAUGCCGUAAAUGCUUCACUCACUCCUGCAGCUUCACAGUCAAUAAAAGUGGACACACGGAAGAAACGGUUCAGGAAAAAAGCCGACAACAUUGAGGAUGAAGAUGAUGAGGUAGAUGCGAAAGUUGAACAUGAGAGACAAGUAAAAAGACGAACUUCCAAAGAAGAAAGUGAUGAUUCUGAGUCAGAGGAUGAAAGGAAAAAGGACCAAAGAGAAAGAGAGGAGUUAGAGCGCCACCUUAAAGAACGAGAUGCUGCAUCAACAAAAAAGCUAACUGAGUCAAAGUUAUCACGGAUGGAAGAAGCGGAAGCACUUCGUAGAUCUAGUGCAAAGGAAGAAGAUGGGAUUGGUACUUUGAGAAAAGUUUCAAGGCAGGAAUACCUGAAAAAAAGGGAGCAGAAGAAACUGGAAGAGCUUCGAGAUGAAAUAGAGGACGAGCAAUAUUUAUUCGAGGGAGUUAAAUUGACUGAAGCAGAAAAUCGAGAGAUGAGAUACAAAAAGGAGAUAUAUGAACUUGUCAAAAAGCAAACUGAGGAAGCUGAUGAAAUAAAUGAGUAUAGGAUGCCUGAUGCUUAUGAUGAAGAAGGAGUUGUAGAUCAAGAAAAGAGAUUUGCUGUUGCCAUUAAGCGUUACAGAGAUUCAAGUGCUGGAGAGAAGAUGAAUCCUUUUGCGGAACAGGAAGCAUGGGAGGCGCAUCAAAUCGGAAAAGCAACUCUUAAGUUUGGCUCCAAAGAUAGAAAGCAAACAUCUGAAAACUUUCAGUUUGUUUUUGAGGAUCAGAUUGAUUUUAUAAAAGCAUCAGUCAUGGAUGGUGAAAAUGUGGGAGAUGAAUUGUCGGCAGAACAACUAGAGGAAUCAAUAACAAAGUCAGCAUUUGAGAAGCUUCAGGCAGAUAGAAAAACCUUGCCCGUUUUUCCUUACAGGGAAGAGUUACUUAAAGCUGUUAAUGAACAUCAGGUACUUGUCAUUGUAGGAGAGACAGGGUCAGGAAAAACUACUCAAAUACCGCAAUACCUUCAUGAAGCUGGGUAUACAAAGCGUGGAAUGAUUGGUUGUACUCAGCCACGUCGUGUUGCUGCGAUGAGUGUUGCUGCCAGAGUUGCUCAAGAAAUGGGUGUUAAACUUGGGCAUGAGGUUGGUUAUUCUAUUCGAUUUGAAGAUUGUACAUCUGAAAAAACAAUACUGAAAUAUAUGACUGAUGGGAUGCUACUGCGGGAAUUUCUUGGUGAACCUGAUCUUGCAAGUUAUAGUGUGGUGAUGGUGGAUGAGGCUCAUGAGAGGACCCUCUCGACUGACAUUUUGUUUGGUUUAGUAAAGGAUGUUACUCGAUUCCGUCCUGAUCUGAAGCUGCUUAUAUCAAGUGCAACUCUUGAUGCUGAGAAGUUCAGUGAUUACUUUGAUUCUGCCCCUAUUUUUAAAAUUCCUGGGAGACGGUAUCCCGUUGAGAUACACUAUACAAAAGCCCCUGAAGCUGACUACUUAGAUGCAGCAAUUGUCACAGCUCUCCAGAUACAUGUUACUCAGCCAGCUGGUGAUGGUGAUAUAUUGGUCUUUCUCACUGGUCAAGAGGAAAUUGAAACAGCUGAGGAGAUACUUAAAUUUCGAACAAGGGGUUUGGGAACUAAGAUACCCGAACUUAUCAUAUGUCCCAUAUACGCAAAUCUUCCGACAGAGUUGCAGGCUAAAAUAUUUGAACCGACUCCAGAUGGUGCUCGUAAGGUUGUGCUGGCCACAAACAUUGCUGAAACAUCUCUAACUAUUGAUGGAAUCAAGUAUGUUAUUGACCCAGGAUUUGUGAAGAUGAAGUCUUACAACCCUAGGACUGGAAUGGAGUCAUUGCUAGUGACUCCCAUUUCAAAAGCCUCAGCAAAUCAACGGGCUGGUCGAUCUGGACGAACUGGUCCUGGAAAAUGUUUCCGACUGUAUACAGCUUACAACUAUUAUCAUGAUUUGGAAGAUAAUACAGUUCCAGAAAUACAGCGAACAAAUCUUGCAAAUGUUGUGCUUAGUCUUAAAAGUUUAGGCAUCCAUGAUCUUUUGAAUUUUGAUUUCAUGGACCCACCACCAUCUGAAGCAUUACUGAAAGCCUUGGAGCUGCUCUUUGCCUUAGGUGCACUAAAUAAGUUGGGUGAGCUAACUAAAGUGGGUAGGAGAAUGGCUGAAUUCCCCCUUGAUCCAAUGCUAUCUAAGAUGAUUGUAGCAUCAGAAAAACAUAAAUGCUCAGAUGAGAUUAUUUCCAUCGGUGCUAUGCUUUCUGUUGGAAAUUCAAUCUUUUAUCGGCCCAAGGACAAGCAGGUCCAUGCUGACAAUGCACGGAUAAACUUCCACAUUGGAAAUGUUGGCGAUCAUAUAGCAUUGCUUAAGGUUUAUAGUUCUUGGAAAGAAACCAAUUAUUCAACACAAUGGUGCUAUGAAAACUACAUCCAGGUUAGAAGCAUGAAGCGUGCAAGAGAUAUAAGAGACCAGUUGGAGGGACUUUUAGAGCGGGUUGAAAUUGAACUAACAUCUAAUGAUGGUGAUUUUGAAGCAAUAAAGAAGUGCAUAACCGCAGGUUUCUUCCCCCAUUCUGCAAGACUGCAAAAGAGUGGAGCUUACAAGACCGUCAAACAUCCCCAGACAGUUUAUAUCCACCCAAGCUCUGGUAUAGCCCAGUUGCUUCCAAGAUGGGUGGUCUACCAUGAACUAGUGAUGACAACAAAAGAGUACAUGCGACAGGUUACAGAGCUUAAACCUGAAUGGCUGGUUGAAAUAGCGCCUCACUAUUAUCAGAUGAAGGAUGUGGAAGACACUGCAUUGAAGAAAAUGCCCCGUGCAGAAGGACGUGCCUCUGAAAAAUAGCUUCUUUCGGGAGGGAAAAAACUAAUCAGGCCAACAGUAAUGUAUCCUACUAAUACAUUUCGAGCAUGUUCCCAAAUCAAAAUGGACACCAGAAGCUGCCAGGAAAAGAAGAGUGUUAGAAUGUAAAAAUCUUUUUAUAAUCGCAAAAUUUAUUUAGUAAAUGUUGGAUUUUUUCAUGUCCUAAAAUUUAGUUUUAUCCUCCUGAAAGAUAUUCAGCCUUCCUUAUGUAUCUAUCAGAUUGUCCUUGUCUGAUUCUAUUUGCAUAACUAAUUGAGGAAAGACUGCAUAUUGGUUGAGA